UGUUUGAGUUGCCUGUUGUUGCGUCGAGUUGUAGCCAGGUGGGUGCCUGAGCCUGGUUCUGGGCGGGGAGCGCGGGGUCAAGUCCAAUAUCAGCACUUUCCUUCAGCCUGGAGCCUCGCGCCACGUUAUUGGUUCAGAGACCAACGGGCAGCGAGGGUAUCCAUUGUCAGAUACAUGGCUGGCAUGAAUGAGAGCAGACAGCCCGAGGGAGCCUCUCGCGACCAUGCUCAUACUUUUCUACGCCUUGCUUGCAUCUCCUCUGGAAUGUUUUCAGACUAUCGGGAACUCUGAUCAUAUACAUAUAUGCAUGCCAUUCUCAAAACUGCAGGUCACGGCCGCCAGACCUCGACGAUUCUGCAUGGACAACAUCCGGCCCUCACAGUACCUGUCCUCGCGAACACUGCCACCCCGAGGCCCCCGAUUCACACCUAGUCACCGUGAGUCAUCCAUGUCUCCCCGCACAGUUGCAUGUCCUGGCAGAAUGGAACAACGAACCAAACGUGCGCUCUCGCGGACAGCUGGCACAUCAGCAAGGCGGAGCGUCCAGAUCCGGGGCUGCUGCCUAUGGCUUCCAGUUGACUUCCGAAUCUGCGUGAGGCGUCAGGAGGCAGGGUUGGUCAGUCCCAUGGACAGUGCUUUAUCAUCACACCCUCUCGGGGUCUCUUCCCUUCACAGCCAAGGACCUUGAUGUAGUUAAACGCAAGCUCUUGCUCCGGAGAU